UCUCAGCACCUUUCUUCUGUUUUAUAUACAGGCGGCUCGGCUUAGAAAGGUCACCCAACUCCUAGAUUCCCAGCCAGGGAAAUGACCUGCCUUCACCCCCUCUAUACAAGAUUAAAUAAUGUGAGAAUUAUUGGAUAAUGGCAGAUUGCAUACCGGGGAGGGCAAGAAGGAUCUGGUAUUUUGACGUCUCUGGUUAUUGAUAUAAACUGCAAUGUCUGCCCUGAUCAGCAGAAUAUCCGCUACGACCAUUUGCUCCACAUGCUGGGUUAUCUAAUGAGACCCUCUCCUCAGAAAUACACCAUAUUUAUAUUAAAUUAUAUAUAUUUUCCUGUGAAGUUUUGUUUUGAGACGAUUGGUCCCAGUGAAGAUGGGGUGACGUCCGGAAAAAGAUCUUCCCAACGUUCAAUAAAUGGGGGCUCCCUGUGAAAAGUAUCUCGAUAUGGAGGACAGCAAACAGAACCCAGAACCCACCCACUGCGCAGAGCAAGUUAUUGUAUCCAACCUGCCUCUUCCACCGGAGGAGCGUAUAGACAGCACUGGAAAAGAAGGGAAAUGGUGCCGCUUCCUCCCUACCGGUAUUUGGAAAGAAUCCCGUCUUCUGCUGGUGUUGGCCGGUCCUGGGUUUCUGUACCAGUUGAUGAUCUUCAUGAUAAGUAUAGUUAGUGCUAUUUUCUGUGGACACCUGGGGAAGGUGGAGCUGGACGCAGUGUCGCUGGCGGUUGCGAUGAUAAACAUCACAGGCGUGGCUGUGGGAGCUGGCUUAGCCGGAGCGUGUGACACGUUAAUAUCACAGAUUUACGGAGGACGUAAUUUAAAGUUGGUUGGGACGGUCCUGCAGCGUGGGAUCCUGAUCCUGCUGCUAUUCUGCUUUCCGUGCUGGGCGCUGUUUAUUAACACGGAUCCAAUUCUGCGCCUCUUCAGACAGGACCCCGAAGUGUCUAAAUUAACAGAGAUUUAUGUCUUGAUCUUCCUCCCCGCACUGCCGGCUGCGUUCAUGUUCCAACUUCAAGCAAAAUAUCUUCAGAAUCAGGGCAUCAUUCUGCCUCAGGUUCUGACUGGAUUUAUAGCAAAUCUGAUUAACGCGUUAAUAAACUAUAUCUUCCUGUACGUGCUGGGCCUGGGUGUCAUGGGCUCCGCCUGGGCUAACACAAUAUCCCAGUUUGCGCAGGCCAUUUUAUUGUUUCUGUACAUCAUAUGGAAGAAGCUGUACCGGGACACGUGGUCAGGGUGGUCUCCGGAGUGCUUUGAGGAGUGGGGGUCCUUUAUCCGCUUGGCUAUUCCCAGCAUGUUAAUGCUCUGCAUUGAAUGGUGGACGUUUGAAAUCGGAAUCUUUCUGGCAGGAAUUAUUGGUGUGGUGGAGCUCGGGGCGCAGGCGGUGGUUUACCAGUUGGCGAAUAUUGUGUUCAUGAUGCCGGUUGGCGUUAGCAUUGCGGCCAGUGUCCGAGUCGGUCAUGCCCUGGGAGCCGGGGACAUCAAACAAGCAAAGAAAUCUGCCAUCGUCUCCUUACUGAUGACAGAAUCCUUCGCCCUGUGCUGCUGUAUUCUGCUGGUCAGCCUGAAAGAGAUCAUAGCAUAUGUUUUCACAUCCGACCAUGAGAUUGUAGCUCUGGUUAGUUACGUGCUCCCAGUAUAUGCCGCGACGCACCUGUUUGACGGAUGUGUGGCCACAUGUGGGGGUAUCCUGAGGGGAACAGGAAGGCAGAAGAUUGGCGCUAUCUUUCAUUUUGUUGGUUAUUACGUCAUUGGCCUUCCUGUUGGGAUCUCACUGAUGUUCGCAGCUAACAUUGGAAUAAUAGGGUUCUGGAUCGGGACGCUGCUGUGCGGCAUGCUGCAGGUUAUUGCAUUUCUCACCUUUGUGUUUAAAAUCGACUGGAAGAAAGCGUCAGAAAAGGCGCAAUCACGCUCUAUGCAGCGGGUAAAGGUGAAAAAGGACCUAAAUGACCAGCCAGCAAUUUAUCAGAGCGCCCCACCCUCAGAACCAGACGUUGAAAACACCACACUUACUGAGCAUGACAUCACAGCCUGCGAAACCCCCCAGCCGUCGGAGAACGAGUCUCCUUCAUGUACCCUCUCCCCAAAACACAAACCUCUGACCAAAAGGCAGCUGAUCCGACGGCGCUCUCUGACCCUUAUCGGGGCCAUAAUUAUAUUAAUGAUUGGGAUUUCAAUCAGACUUACAGUAUAACGUAUCCAUCCAUGUAGGUGGAACUCAGAAUGAGGAUAGAAUUCUGCCCUAUGCCAUCAGUGAGCAUACUCGCGGGCGGCACAACUCAAAAUAAUACCGUGAUUUGCAACCACGAGGGUGGAAUGAAUACGCAGAAGAUCAAAGCAAUACUGGAUUUAGAAGGAAAAUAGAAAUUUGCUGAUCCAAUACGCUGACAGCCAGGAUCCACAAUGUCAAUGUUUUUAUUGGUGGGUGAAAUAUUUCUUUCUGCAGGAAACCUGUCCUAAUAUUUAUCAAUCUGGUAAGAAAUCUAAGAACCGGCUGAGACCCAGCACAUUCCAGAAUAAUUCCUGUUAAAGGGACAGUACCACGACAAACCCAAUAUAUCCCGUGCCUUUACAUGCAGCUCCGAUCACACAAACGGUGUUCAUGGAAAGUGAAAUCCAAUAGGUUAUCACGGCUUCUUACAGGAGAAGCCAUCCCAUAAUAUUCAGUCAGGGUAGCAGGAGAACAUUAUAUCCUCUGUUUACCCAAUCAAGGCCCUCUGAAUGUCAAUGAUGGGAUCACGUAAGAAACAUCUCUCUAUAAUAAAUGGUGUUCUUCGUAAA